AUGCUCGGGGCGUUCAGACAGACACAAGUUAGCCUCGGCGGUCUGCUUUGGAAGACGCCAUGGAAAUUGUCACCGACCCGUAAAGCCAACGCUCGGAAGCGUCUGAAGAGAGUGGACUCAGUCAUCGAGGCUGUAAGGGCUAGUGGUGUUGAGUGUGCUUCUCUGGUUAAGGCCUUGGAAUUGCCCAAGGAGCAUGAAAUGCCCGCACGAGACAAGUAUACUGUCUUCACCCGUCAUGCACGAGGGUACCGCAAAGGUAUCCACAAGGUGCCGAAGUGGACAAGACUAACACUACGAACAAAUCCGACAGGUUUCUAG